ACGGCGGCGGCUGCAGCGGCAGCAGCGGCAUCAUCAUCGUCGUCAUCGUCAUCAUCAUCAUCAAGCGGAUGUAAAAAGUCACAGAAAUUUGAUCCUCGACUACUCGGCCCGUCACGGUAUCGUCAACUUUUGCCAGUUGUGCUUUGCAUUCUAUCGUUCGCGAUCGUCUUCAGCAUAUUAAUUGUUUACAUGGAUACGACAGAGAUUCGUCAUAAACAAUUUAAGCUGAAUAUGUCGCGCGACUGUGAAUUCUUCGGCGUGGCCCAAGAUAAUCCCACACUCAUAGCAUUCCUGCGCGAAAUCCAGAUGCGCAAAUACCCUAUGCACUUUCUCAAGAAUGCGCCUUUAGACGAUGCAACAUCAACCGCGUCAUCAUCAGCAACAACAGCGGCGAUGGCCGCUUCCUACUCCUCAGCAGCGACGCAUUUUAAUUUCAGCGCACACUACUCUGAAGGUUUGGCGCCCGAAAUGGCGCAUUACGUAGCCGAUCUGGUGGGUGGGAAAGAGAAUGGCGCCUUCAUACAAUCGCUGCCGGGUGCGAUGGGCUAUUUAAUAACCGCACCAUGGCUGGCGGCGACGCUGAAUUGGGCGGGCUUGGUGGUAGAGCCGGAGCCACGUCGUUUCUUCACGUUGCGCAAACAGAAUGCGCAACGGCCGGGUCUGGAGGUGGUGCACGCAUGCAUCUCGCCCAAUCCGUAUCCGAAAGAGGUUACCAUACACAAUGAAGAGUCUGAUGUGCGCAUCAAUAGUCUGUUGGACGAGGAAACUUCGUGGUUUAAUUCGCGCGUCAAAUGCUUUCCAUUGUAUUCGCUGAUGUUGGCGUACAAUCGUGUGGAUUAUGAUCUGCUCAGUUUGGGUGUGCAUGGACACGAGUUGGAGAUCCUAGAAACGCUACCCUUCGAUCGGGUACAAAUCGAAGUGAUAUCCAUACACCUGUCAGAGGACAUCGCACGAGGCUACGUAGAUGCACUAACGGAGUUCCUAGCGGGGAAGUCAUACAAAUUGCAAAAGACCUUCGGUCGCAACUUUUUCUUUCAACGAAACAAAACGACGAGUCGAACACGAAAAAAAGACAUACUGCUAUUGAAAACGCCUUAAUUAGCAGCAGUUGCAGCAGCUGUGGCUGUUCGAAUUGAAGGUGCUGCUGCAAAGCGAGGACCAGGAAAAUGGGGGAAUGUCGUCAAGAAUGCUGUAGCCGUCGCUGCUAAUGUGAAAUCAAAGCCAUUCGUUUAAUUCUAAUAAGAGUGAAAAUUUUUUAUUCGAGAAAAUUUCUGAAAUUGCUGCAUACUUGUGACACGGUAAAAAAAAAAAAAACAAAACUUGAAAAUUUUGGGGAAACCAAACAAUGAAAUAAGUACAUUACACAAAAGCCCGGUGCACGCACGCGCGUACCUAGAAGUAACAAACGAUUAGAACGUGUUGAAGCAUGCUAGUAUUGUGUAACGCGAAAAUAAAAACAAAAACACAAAAUUUGCAAGGCGCAUAAAUUAGAGAACGGAGGGCGUUAGGGGGGAAUUUACGCAGCGAAAUGGCGAUAAUCUUAGACAUAAACAUUAAAACGAAUUAAACGAAUAAUUAGCAUUACUCGUGUACGACGCAGGCGCACUUUACACGAAGCGAGAGGUGCAAAGAAUUUCCUUAGACGUCGUAACUUAAAAAAAUAAAAUACAAAAAUAUCUAAAAUACUUGAAGCGUGCGUCCGCGCAAUCGACAACGAAUUUUUCAAAUUUAUUUUUCAAAUUUAUUUUUCAACGCACGUUUUUGCCUGCAUUUUUCAUUGUGUGCUCCGCUAUCGUGUAUUCAUUAUUAUCAUUGUUGUGGGGGGGGUGGUACAAAAAAAAACAUUAAAAUUAACCGAAUUUUCUGUUGAGGUCGUCUUCGAUCGCGAUUACUAUUAAUUUUUAAUAUUUAGUUUAUAAGUGAAAAAAAUAUAACAACAAAAAAUGCGAAUGCAAAAAACCCGCAUCAAUGAUUGAAAACAGGUUGAAAAAUAUAAGAAAGAAAAGAUCUAUUGUCGCUGUUGUGUAUAAAGUUUGAUUAUUAAUUUAUAUUAUAGUAUAUUUUGCACACUUAAUUUAGUUUUGUAAUUAAUUUAAAUGAAAACAUAAUGCUUUAUUGUAAUUUAAAUUAUUGCCUAAACAAGUAAACUUGUCCGAGAAGUGAACAAAAGCAAAUGUGAAUGAGUCUAAAAUAUUUGGUUAAUAAAUAUACAUACAUACGUAGCAGUUAGCGCCGCAUCUCAGCCGUUGCUAGUUUAAAUACAAAGAAAAAUUAAAUAUAUAUAUAAAUAAAUAGCUAUAGUAAUGCAAAUUUGAUAUUUAAAUGUUAAUAAAAUAUAGCAAGUAUGUAAUUGAAAUAAUAUAUAUACCUACAUACAUAUAUAAAAUAUAUAUUGUAACGCUAAACAUACACAUUUACGUACGUACAUACACGUAAAUAUAUAAUUGACUGUUUAAUAUUAGUAUAUGAAAUUAUUGUUUACGGAGCAGCUAACAAAUAGACUUUAUACAUAGAAAAAAGGCCGGGUUGUGAGGCUAUGGUGGACAAUAUUUUACGGGUGUGUUAACUUGCAAAAGGCCGAAAAGAGCUAAGUUGCAUAUUAGCAAUAGCAAGACGUUGCGCCACGUGUGUAGAAGAGCAUAACUCAUUUACCAUUUGGGUUAUGUGGUCGCAUCACUGCGUCAUAAAGUCAAUUAAGUAUUUGGCAAAGUAGGUUUUUAUAGCAAAAUAUGCCUAUUAAGCGCAUUUCUAGUUGAAGUGAAAUGGCCUAUGUAAAAAUAAAAUAAAAUGUUUUCUUCCAUAGCAUCCCAGUUCAGCCUCAAACAAAUACACACCACCACACAAAGUUUAAAUAGUUUUAACUUCAAAAGUGUGCAGCUAAAAAAAAGGAGGGCAGCUUAAAAACACAAAGAGAUUAUCCAGCCUUUAGUAGCUUGAACCGCAAAAUAUCGUACUGAAACUAAAUUAUACAAAAGAAAAAUUAAAUAAAAUAUAUAAAAAUUUAACUACACUUUAGAGGAAAAAUUACGAAAAACUAAGCGUUAAAGAAAAUAAUAACACUUUUUGGUACUAGUAAAUGGAAGGCAGCAGCAACAGCAACAGCAACAGUAUUAAAGUAAAGUAUAUAUAUUUUCGUUUUUUGUUGAAUAAAAGCAAUGCAAUAAAUGUCUUAAAAUAUCUCUGUAAACUGAAGUAAACUCGAUUACAAACAGAGCGAUGCAGUACAUUUAGUUGGAAAAUAUGUAGUAAAUCUUCUGCGUAAAACAGAAUUGCAAUCUUUCAUUAAAGUUCAUCACUAUAAUUUAAAAUGAAUUUUGAUAAUUUUUCUUCUGUCUAUCUAUUGUUUAUUUAUUUUUCCGAAUUGUAAUUUUCUGCCCUUAUCAUAGACGGUAUAAAGUAAUUGCACAUUGAAACUAGUAUUAACUAUUUGGCAUUUAAAAGUGCGAGUUGGUUGUUAGAAAAAUUAAAUGUUUCACCGAGUUAAUUUCCUCUAAUCGUGCGUCAAUAUUGUCUCUUAACUAUAUAAACUCCAAAAACAAGCGCCUAAAUUGUUGCUCAAUAUCCACACCAGUGACAAAAAAAUACUUCUCAAUUCAAGUAAACAAGCAUUUAAAAUAACUAUCUACGAAAUCAGCAUCCGCUUUCGAGAAAGGACAACCUUUCCAUAAAAAAGUGUUCAAAAUAAAAUCAAAAAAAAAAAAAAAAAAUACCGUUGGAAGCACGCCGCCCCAAACCACUAAACAUCACAUGCUCAAGCUCACACCUACUUACAAAAAACAAAAAAGCAACAACAACCAAAACAAGCAUAGAAAUUCUAAGGCUACAAAUAAAAUUAAUAAAAAAUAAUAAACAAACACAAAAUCACAAAACUCAAAAGCCUCACACACUUAAACUACUCGUUAUUUCUAUUUAGAUUAAUGUAAAUGUACGUAAGCUACUAGCUAUCAAUAAUUAUUAAUUAAUAAUAAUAAAAAAAUUUAAAUUUAAAUAUAAUUGUUUAUGUUUAUUUUUUUUGUUUUUGUUUAUUUGUUUGAACUUUUGCUGCUGCGUUCUUGCGUGCGUCAGUAUUUAUGAUUUAAAAUGCCCUAGUUUACUAAAUCAUCGACAUUAGAUUAACAUUAACAUUACCAUUAUCAGUAUGACAUUAACAAGAAGAGCAGACAAACAAAAAAUAAUAAAUCACAACAAAAAAAAACUAAAGUAUGAGGAAAAGACAAAAACCAAAUGUAACGAAGGAAAUGUGUAAUCAUUACAAGCGAAGCAAUGCAAAAAGUCCCAAACAUUUUCUCAUACAAAAUCAAACAAAAAGAAAAACACUUUCAUGUUCAAUAAUUAUAAUUAUUGUAAAAAUGCUAAUUAUUAUUAAUGUAAUUGUAUAGAUGCAUAAACACACACACACACACUCAUACGUAUGCAUAUGCUAAGUAAAUUUACACAAUUCUUAAACUAUUUGUACGAAUAUUUGGUAAAUGUGUAGUAAGCGUGCGCGAAGAAAUUUAAAAUGUAUUAAAGUGAAAGAAAAUAAUAAUAAUAAUAAUAAAUUUAAAUAGCAAAUAGCAACAAUGAAAUGGCAAGCGUUGACCUAUUGUUUUAUAAUACAUGCAUAGUCUAAAGCGCUAAUUUAUAUUUAUUUUCUUUCGUUUUUUCAAUAUUUAUUUAUUUUUGUUACGUUUUUUUGUUCAAGAAUAUAUAUAGUCAGCUUAUAUUUAUAAAAAUGCGGGAAGCAAUGAAAUGUUCGCCUCGAAAAACUCUCAACUAUUAGUUGACAUUGUGAUCGCCCUCAUAGCCUUAAAUGCUCCUAAAAACGCAUACAUAUUUCAUGGCGAAAAAUCGAAAAAAAAAUAACAUCCAUUUGCAUGAUAUUGUUUGCCACGUCCAUUGGUAUGAAAAUUUAAAACAUUCUGUGUGUUGCUUUGACUUUACUUACAAAGUAGACAAUGUAGUAACGUUGGCUUGGCAUAUCCUCACAUAAAGGCCGAUAGCUGUUGAGUAUGAGAUAUACAAUUUUUGCACUUCGAAAGUCAUUCGCACUCGCAUUUCUUAUAAAUAUAAGCUUUUGAUAUUAUGUUUUUUGUUUAUUUUUAUUUUUUUCUUUAUUAAAAAAAUUAAUGUUUCAAACGAGCAGCGCACUUUGCACAAACUGGAAACUAAAACCAAAAAUCGUAUGUUGUUGUGAAAGCAAAGAAAUCCUCCAAAACGUGUUUAGGGAAUGCUGCUGAAGUUACAGUUCUUCGCCAAAAUGAAUUUAGAUCGUUCGAGUAACGCAGGGCCGACUGUUGUAAGAAGGAUAUUUGUAUAAAACUGCCUUUAUAUAUAAGCUAAGCUUUUAUGCUAAUUUACACAUUUAGAUACUUUAAACAUUUUCAAAAAAAAACCUUAUAAGACGUGGAGUUAGAGCAAUAUUGGGUGUACAAUGUCAACUGGGAGUGAUUUUUGAACUUCGAAUGCGACUGAAACUUGUAAAAACAAAACUAAAAAAGGCAUCUCAAUCCUAAGCUGACUUUGUAAACCCGCCUUAGAACACUUUUUUUGGUCUGUCGUAAAUUCAAGAAACAAAAAAAGGAGUCAUAUUGUUUCCGACGACUGUCGAGCCUACUUCAACCUGAACGGUCCAGAUUUUUAAUUUGGCAAGCUCUGUUCACCCGGCAGCAUUCAAGUAUUUGGGAACUUUCUAUGCUGUUAUAAAAACAAAAGCAUUACAUUAAAAAGUCGGCUCUGUAUUUCAGUAUAAAGAAGUAGGAGGAAUACCGCGAUCAGCAUUUUAGGCAGACAACGUAUGUAUAUCAGUGAGAAGGCGCAAUUCCAGUGUGAGCUAAUUUGUUAAGCAUGGUUAAAAUCGUGGCAAGCUCUCAUUUCUCAUUAACAUUAUUAUUACUAUUAUUUGUUCGACUAAUUAAAAUUUAUAAAUAAAUUGCGCUAACUUUAAGUUAAUUAGCUUAAAUUUAUGAGUCGAAUUAUAUGUAUGUAUGAUUGUAAUUUGUAUUUAUAUAUAAAAGCUAUAGAUAUAUAUGUUUAUGUACGUGUAAACAUAUACAUACAUAUAUUUUUUGUCAAUAAGUGCAUACGCGUUAAACUGUAAAAUUUGGCCUACUUGUAAGUCACAUCACGUCAUUUCACACAUUUAUCUCAUCUCAUUCUUACUUGCCUCAUUUUAUUAAAAGCCAUCUGCAACUUACUCGACGGCAACGAAUUUUUUAGCUAAUUUAUUUAUUUUUGUUCGUUUUUCAAAUGCAACGAAGUUUAUUAAAUGCACUCAGAUGUGUUCCUUCAUCCGCCCAUGCUCUACAAAAUGUCCAAACAGCACAUGCUCUAUAAGUAAUAAGAACAAAAAAAUUAAAUUAUUGCUACCGAAAAGCAGAUUAAUAUAAAAAAAAAAUAAUAAUUGAAAAGAAAAAACAAGAAAAACAAAAUUGCGUUUAAUAAAAAUGCAGACUAAGCCGUUGGUCGCCUUAAAUAUUUACACUCAUAAACUAUAAUGUAUGUAUGUACUAUAUAAUAUUCAAAUAUACAUCGAUACACACACAUACACACAAAUAUAUAAAUGUAGUAAAGAAGAAGAAAAUUAAAAGAAAAGCUAUGUGCAAAAGAAAUUACAAAGUAUUUCCAACUAUGGUUUACACGCUCGCACGCACGCUAUUGCGGCCAGCAACCGCUCACUUUGCCCUUGCACAUACUUCUUCAUUUGUAUAGCUAAUUUAAUAAUUUCAUUUACCAAUUCUAUCUUGUCUUCAACAACUCGCCUAUCUUCUACUAGUUUGCUCAGUGUUUUUCUUCUUUCAUUUUUUUUUUAUCUGUUCUUUAUCAUCAAAUCUAACAAAAAAAA